GACGUAGCUGGGAGACAGUCUGCUGAGAGACGUGGGAUGGCGCUCCUUAGCCCUAGGGCCUCAGACUAGAUCUGGGAAUGGGGAGUAACAAGAUGUCGCUAUGAAAGCGAAGUCUCCGUACUACGAUUUUGCUGUUGUUUUCUUGGGACGAGCUGGAGCUAAUUCAGCUCUUGUCGCGACACGGCGCAAUUUUGUUGCGACCCGGGGAGGGCAGGGCUGCUGAGUCUGACUCAGCUUCUAGAGCAGUGCUUCGCAACUGGCUGAAUAUUACAAUCACCUGGGAAGCUUUAAAAAAAAAAAAAAAAAAAAAAAAGACAGCUGUUCUGGCCUGAUCCCAAACCUGUUAAAUCAGAAUCUGUGGAGGGUAGAGUCUGGGCGUCCGUAUUUUAUAAAGCGUCCCAACUGUUCCCAAGUUGUGCGGCCAUGGUUGAGAACCACUCUUCUAGAGCUUCAUUCUUACUCCCACGGGGAUCCUGAUUAGGACCACCUACGCCAAGUCUCCUUUUCCACUAUAUCCUGCGUGGGCUGUAUCAUACGCAUUUGGGUUAAGUUGGUGAUCACGGUUUUGGCACGGACACCAUUUUGAGCUCUACGAGAAACUUAUUAGUGGGCUCGGCGUGGUUUCUUAAUCACGAUCCUGUUAUUCAGUCUAAUAAAGAUUAUGGCCAUUGCAUUUUUCUCGACAGUGUUUCUAGUUUCUGCCCCCUUUUUUGGCUACCCGGUCAAAACGCUAGCCGUGGAAGGGGGAAGUCAAGUUGAAAUCGGUCUCUUUUGUUACUUCUUCAGCUUCACCUCCCCUGCUGAAUUCAGCAUGGGGGAGAAGCCAGAGAACUGUAGGGUUCCAGAGGAUCUGUUCAAUGGUUUGAAGGUUACAGAUCCCCAGGAAUCAGAGUGUGUCAGCCCUCCAGUUUCUAAUCCCAAAGAUGAGCAUUCUCGGAGCACGAUGCCCAAGGAUGUUCAGGCCCAACCCCAGGAGGGCCAGGGAGAAGAGGAGUGCUUUCAUGACUGCAGGGAUUCAUUUGAGAAGGAGGAGGCAGGUGUGGAUAAGGUUGAGGACAAACCUGAUGAUGAUACAAAUUCCUCUGAACUAGAUGAAGAAUACCUAAUAGAACUGGAAAAGGACAUGCCAGAUGAAGAGAAACAGAAAAGAAGAGAAGAGAGCACUAGACUAAAGGAAGAAGGAAAUGAACAAUUUAAAAAAGGAGAUUAUAUAGAAGCCGAACGUUCUUAUGGUCAAGCCCUUCAGACAUGCCCAUCCUGCUUCCAAAAAGACAGGUCUAUUCUGUUUUCAAAUAGAGCUGCUGCAAGGAUGAAACAGGACAAGAAAGAGUUGGCCAUCAGUGACUGCAGCAAAGCAAUCCAUUUAAACCCCAGCUACAUCAGGGCGCUGUUGAGGAGAGCAGAAUUGUACGAGAAAACGGACAAGCUAGAUGAAGCUUUGGAAGACUAUAAAUCUAUAUUAGAAAAAGAUCCAUCAGUACAUCAAGCACGAGAAGCUUGUAUGAGAUUACCUAAGCAAAUUGAAGAACGUAAUGAAAGACUAAAGGAAGAGAUGUUUGGUAAACUAAAAGAUCUUGGGAACUUGGUUCUCCGACCUUUUGGACUCUCCACAGAAAAUUUCCAGAUCAAACAGGAUUCCUCUACUGGCUCCUACUCCAUCAAUUUUGUUCAAAAUCCAAACAAUAACAGAUAACAAGGCAUAAUGGCUUCAAAAGCUGGCUUGGAAAUUGUGUGCCGCUUGCUGUUAACAAGAGGAAAGGCCCUGCCAAUAUUUUAAAAAGCAUCCCAUCUAAAAGAAAGGCUAUCCAGUAGAGCCUAGAGCUCCCCUUUCCCUCUUGUUUUAUGAUCAGGGUGAGAUGUCCUUAUUAAUGUAAUAAGCCUGGUUUGAUUUCCAUUUUGAGAUGGUAUCUGUGUAGCCAUAGUUCCUGGUUCUGGCUGUGUGUCCUUUUCAUCCAGAAGGCAGCCUGCUUGGCCAGCCCCUGGGCUGCACAGACCCAUGGAGCAAUUCACAGGUGUUCAGGCCCAGCAAAGGCUCUCCUGAACUGAGCAAACCUGUUGAACGGGAGAUUGUCCAGAUGUGACUUAUGGAGUUCCCGCCUGCUGUCCCCUCUCCCUGAACACACAUGCCGCCAACGCUGCCAUGCAGGGCCUUCCACAUUUUCUGGUUUCCUCUUACAGUAAUAAAAGCUUUCUGUGAUGGUG